GCGGCCGGCGCGGCCGAUGAUUGGCUGUGUCGUGGCGUGCGUGCGCGUUAGGCCCCGCCUCCUGCCACGUCCGUGCGGCGCCUGCGUGGGAGCCGGUGCGAGCGGCGGCGCGGCCUCGUGCGCUGUGCGGGAGCACCUCUUGCUGCCAUGCUGCCCGUAGCGACCGCCAUGCCGGACGACACGCCGAUGUUUGACCCAAGCAUUCUGCACGAGCUUGACUGGAGUGAGAACACAGCCAUGUUUUCUCCUUCUAUUUCUCCUUCGGAGCCAGGAGAUGGGCUGGUCAUGAGACCGCUGUGCACAGCUGAUGUAAAUCGAGGCUUUUUCAAGGUCCUGGGUCAGCUGACUGAAACUGGAGUUGUGAGCCCAGAGCAGUUUAUCAAAACCUUUGAGCACAUGAAGAAAUCUGGAGAUUAUUACGUUACGGUUGUAGAAGAUACGAAUCUUGGACAGAUCGUUGCUACAGCAACGUUGGUGAUAGAACACAAGUUCACUCACUCCUGUGCAAAGAGAGGGAGGAUAGAAGACGUAGUAGUGAGCGGGGAGUGCAGAGGAAAGCAACUUGGGAAACUAUUAACGUCCACUCUUACAUUGCUAAGUAAGAGACUGAACUGUUACAAAAUCACACUCGAGUGUCUGCCAAAAAACGUGGCCUUCUACAAGAAGUUUGGCUAUUUGGUAUCGGAAGAAAACUACAUGUUUCAACGGUUCUUUAAUUAAGAACUUGCAGCACUGUUUUUGUACAGACUGUUGGUGGAGGAGCUCGUGGUACAUUCUCUUCAUGACAAAUUGAUAUAGUUUAUUGCUGCAAAUAUAACGAUCCCUGUAAAUACUGAACAUCAGAUGUGUAAAUCCUGCAAAGAAAAGGCAGCGCACUGACAUUCUAGGAGGGUUCUGUGGGUUAGCUCUUAGAACUAAUUUUUACUACUGUUCAGUCUAAGUGAAGCUUUUUUUGUUCUAGCUGAGUUCAAAGGACUCUUGUUAAAGGGAUGGUUUUUAACCAAAGGUCUAUAUUUUUAUCUCAAAUCUUUUCUUGCAUUGUAUUUUUCUAAAGGUUUGCGCUUCUCUUCUUGGUAGCCAAAGUACAGCUUUGUGGGGUUGUGCUCCUGUCUGUACUUCAAUGAAGGGUGGUGUAGGUGGGUAGGGAUGCUUCUCAUAUGCAGUCAGUAAUACAGGAUGGGAAUUUGUUCUGUUCUUUCCAUGAAACCUCACUGAAGUGCUGUUGAUGUUUGUGUACCUGAAGUUUUAUAGGCACUGCUUUCUGAAACUGGAUUUGUUGCUGUUAGUGUCGUUGGGGGGUCCUUAUGGGCUCUGUUGAAGCCAAUGUUUUGGAGCCUAAAUGGAUGCACAGUCCUCCAUGCAGGGACCCUGCACUUUAGCUGAUAAUUUAAUAUGUUUUCAGGACAAUUAUGUUUUAUGACAAACCAACCCAUGAUUUGCAACAGAAUUAGGAAGCUGGAAUGUCUGACAGGCAGAAUACACCUCAUCUCCAGUGGGCUUUUACUGGUACUCAGUGGGAAUGCCAAUGCCUGUACCUGUAAGAAGGUACCAACACAUUCAGCUUCACCCAACGUAUCCAACCAACUUGCUGUACUUGAACUCCUUUGGGCCAGUUCAGCUCUGGUUUUGCUGGUAACCACUUCUACCUAUUGCAUUUCAAACCAGCCCAGAGAUCCCAGAUCAGUGUCCUGAGGGACAGCUGCUGUUUGCAAGCAUCCCUCUUCUGUAAGAUUGGAUAAAUGAUUUUAGCACUUUUGCCCCCAGAAGCAAGCAAAUAAUAUACAAAGCCCUCACUUCAACAAUCAUGUUUUGUGCAAGGAGAGUGACAAAUCCUCCAUCUCUGAAUAGGGCAUUAUGAAUAGGCAAAGGUUGGCACAGAGCAGCCAGCCUUGUGUGUGAACAGUUAGGCCUUAAGGAAAGUCCUUUCCUUGUAGUGAGGAGAGCUACUUUGAGGUGUGUGGGGGGGUUCUGUUUAAUGUCCCUGAUGGUACUUCACUCAAUACAGUGUCCCCUUGCUAAUGUCUGUUUUAUUUAUUGAUUAUUUUUUAAAAAAAUCUUUGUUUAAGCUGAAUAAAUUAAGACUGCCAACUACA